AUGGUUACACAAUUGAUCAAGGUGGCGGAGGACCCGGCGGUCGGCAGGUACGUGGCCGCUAAUGUGGACUUGGCCGCGUGGCAAGUGGCGCUCGUCGAACGGCCGCUGAUCCGGGGCCCGUCGCAGAUCACCCGGCCGGUGUGUCUGGGAUGCCUGAAAUUGAUCACUGCGGACUCAGCGACGAGGUGCGAACGGUGCGGUUGGCCGAUGUGCGCGGAUAGCAAAUGUUCGGACGACGAAUGGCACAGGGCCGAAUGCGAUUGGACCGUGACGCGGAGGAAGCAGAAGGUAGAGAUCAAAGACUUCGCGAACCCGCAUCCCAGCUAUCAGUCGAUCACAGUGAUCAGGUGCCUGUACCAGAAGCACACCAACCCGGACGUCUGGGCCAAGUUAACCAAGUUGGAGUCGCACUGCGUCGGUCGCCGUGGUGGAUCCAAGUACGAAGCGGACCGCAUAUGGAUUGCGGACCACUUGCGCAGGUUUUUCAACCUGGACCCGACAGAAUGGACGGUCGACGAGAUACUCCGAGUGUGCGGGAUCGUGCAGGUCAACGGACACGAAGUACCGCUCACCGAUCCACCUCACGUGGCCAUCUACGACGUUGGAUCGAUGCUGGAGCACAGCUGCGUGCCUAACUGCUCCAAGACGUUCACGAGCGACGGGCACCUGUUAAUCAGGACCGCAGCCACGGCUAUCGCCACCGGUGGACACUUGUCCAUCUCGUACACAGACGUACUGUGGGGCACCGCGCAGCGRCUAGCUCAUCUGGCCGACACGAAAUUUUUCGUCUGCAAGUGUCCUAGGUGCUCCGACCCCACUGAACUCGGAACGUACUUUAGCGGAGUCAAGUGUGCCACUGAAGACUGUAUGGGAUACGCGUUGCCGAACGUCCAUCCGUCUACCGACGACCCUUUCGACGUCGCAUGGACGUGCAACUUUUGUUCCACGGUCGCCGACCCAAACCGGAUCGAACUYUCGCUGUCMCACGUGGGCAAAGAUAUGGCAGCAAUGAACCGCCGCGACCCAAAACACUGUCGCAUGUUCCUUGACCAUUAUGUGUCGGCCGGUGAAUUGCACCCCAACCACUAUUACUUCACCGAAGUCCGCCUUAACUUGGCGCAACUGUACGGGCAGCUGGAGGGACAGCCGCUGGACACGCUGUCCUCGGAACAGCUGAACCACAAGCGAGAGUUGUGCCUGAAAGUCUUAAAAGUUGCGGACGUGUUGUUCCCCGCCGAAUGCCGAAUAAGAGGCGCCUUGAUGUUCGAAUUGCACGCCGUAAUGGCAGAAGACGCUAGGAGAUCGCAGCACGACACCAAUACCGUGAUGGAGGCUCUGUUGAGAUCCAAGUUUUAUCUAGAACAAGCCGAAAACUUGUUGAAAUACGAACCGAAAGAAUUGCCCGAAGGUCAAAUGGCCGCCCAGUGCAAACAGAACGUCAUAGAUUUGGAUUUGUUGUUAAAAAAAUUACACGAAUCGAUUGGCAGUGCACCRAUGUAAUGAUUAUUUGCCUUCAUGUCAAGAGUUUACCUGACCAUCGAGACGGUAUGCCUAAUAUUAUUGUAAAUUCAUUUACAUAUACCUACAUUUUAUAUUGUUAUAAAGUUAUAUCUGAUGCAA